GACGUCAUUUCCACGCGACGACGUUUACAUUCAACUGGAGGAACAGAAAGGCUCAAAGUCCGCCUCAAGGUUUUCCGCAGGACAACGAAUUACAGCGUGUUAAGGACAUCAUAUUUUGCAAUCUGGAGCUACGGUGCCCGUUAUGAAGUUGCGCUUUACUCGAUCUUCAUUUCGAGCUACUUACCUUUUAAAUAUCUGUGUGUUACAUACAUUGAUAAAGCCUGUGAGAGGUCUUGACUUUUAGCAAAUCAUUUUGAAAUCCCGAUUUGGUUGGGCUGAUUUCUACUUUUCUGUGCUGUCUUCCAGUAAUCUCUAAAACAUAAUCAAUUAAUCAUGCCACUCCAACUUGAGGCGAUGUCAAGCAGAAAGCGCAGACCCAAUUGGACUGACCAGGAGUGUUAUCUUCUUGCUCAGCUAGUCCGCGAAAGAAAAGAAGUAAUCAGAGGGAAGUGCACCACCGGUUUAUAUGAUAAACGGCAGGCCUGGGACGAGAUAACGCAAAACAUCAACUCAGCCUUUCCACAGAUGCAGCGGACUGUGUCUGACUGCAGCAAAAAGUGGGAAAAUCUCCUGGCAAAGUCGAGGGAGGAGAUUAAGCGACAGAAGAUGCACACGGGUACAGAUGAUGACCUGUCCUUGGAUCAGUUCAGUGCUUUGACCCAGAUUGUGAUUUCUGUGAUGAAUCCUUCAGUACUGCAACAAGAUGAAGACUCCCAACCUUUUGACCUGGUGGAAAGUCAACAAAACAGUGGCACCAAAAAUGGAAGCAUGUUCUCCACUGGCGAGCAAUUUAAAGCUAAACACGAGCAGGCGGAUCUCGUGCUCCCUGCCGACGCUGCAGAUCCGUCCACGACUACGCCGGGACAAAAACUGACCUCUUUUUGUAACAUUCCCAAACAAUUUGCAGUGCAGUUUAGCCCUCAUUUUUCUGCAGCCUCCGGGGAGCAGUCCAAUUCUCACUGCUGUCCUUGCACACAUGCAGCACACUGCACCGCUUCGCAAGAGAGAAUGGAUUUGGAAAUGUCGGUGCUAAGAAGACAGGAGGCAGUCCUCAAGCUUCAAGAGGAGUAUUAUACACUCAAAAUUCAGCAGAUGAAGAAGCAAACGGGAAAGUCCCUACAGGACUGAAGGCUUUCCACUUGUUGUAUCUGCUUGUGUCUCGAAUGCUCUGAUUCAUCCUUUUAUUGUGGUUGGACACUAAAUAAUGUAGACGUAUAGUAUGUACUUCAUAUUUUUGCAUCUGCGAAUACAGUGAACGUUGUUUGCAGGGUUUAGGGACCAAGCGCUGAUGCAAUUACGGUCGUGAAAACGAGCAAUCACCCCUACAACGAAUUACCUAAAUUCAUACUUCAAUCCCUACUAUAAAUAUACACCGUACUAUGAUCCCGCAACACGUUAACAUGAUUUGUGUUUGACCAGGCCAACCCGCGAAUAGCGAAAAUCUGUGUGUACCGGUAAUUGACACCCAUUAAAAUUCAUUGGGGGGGAUUUUAUUAUUAGUAUUUUUCUUUUAGACACGGGAGUAUUCAGCUGUCCACUGUUCUACCCUCAUAUCAGCCUUUUUUUUUUUUUUAUGUCCACAUCAUCAACAAAACUUGUGGCUUCCAAAUGAGGACCCAAAUGCAUAGAAUAUAUUUAUUUAAAAAAAAAAGAAAGAAAGGCUUUCAUUGUUUCAAAUUGUACUGAUGUCGCUUGGGGAUUACCACGAUGAAAUUUCUGGUAUAAAAUCUUUUUGGGGUGUGAUAUUUGGGUUUUAUAAUAAGAAUGAUCAAAUCAUGUUGAGGCUUAUCAAAAGCAGACAUUUUCAAACGUGAUAUUGCACCACAUUAUUCAGUAUCUCAUGUAGUGAUCAUAAAAAUAAGAGCUUUGGCUCAAAAUUUGGUGGUAUUUCCAUAUUGAUUUUUUUUUAGAUCCAGUUGUUAAUGUCUAAUAAUUGGUACAUGACAUUUCUUGCAUAAUCUCUGACUGUGAUAAAUU